AUGACACCUCAGGCACCAGCAUCUUCCUCCCCUCCACCGCCUUCAUAUCACCCAAUCACAAUCCACCUAAUCCAACCUCCAAAGCCAUCGGAUUCGACGGCAUCAAUCCCUCAGCGCAACCUCUAUCCCCACAUCAGCUCACAACCCUCAAUCCCUCUCACCACCAGGGAUACCGCUCCUCCUCCUCCUCGAAACCCCUUCCACAAUGCCUACCCCCAGUCUGCGGCGUUCCUCGCCAAGAAGCCCACUGUCGCCCCGACCUACGAGGGUGUCGAUUUCGAAGACAAUGUCGCUGUUCACAAUGCUCGUGAUGCUAUCAUUCGUGAGCAGUGGGUGCGCUCUAUGAUGUCCCGACUUGUUGGUGAGGAGCUUGGAAAAUGUUAUGCGCGUGAGGGUGUGAAUCAUCUGGAGAAGUGUGGUGUUUUGCGAGAGAAGUACUUUGAGUUGCUGAAGGAGCGCAAGAUCAAGGGUUACCUCUUCCAGGAGAAGAACCACUUCGGUGGUGAGAAGGCUUAA